UCAAAAGAAGUAGUAGUCUUAGAGGGUGGUUGGAAAAAAUUCAACAAAGAACUCAUUGUAAGAUUUUCUGCUGGCUUAGAAAAUGGUGAACUGUAUUUUGACAUGGAGUCACAACUGUGUUCAACUUCGGAUGAUGAUGACUGCGAACCGUUGAAAGAUAUCUUCAAUGAUAUGCUUAUUCCAAUACCAUUUCGUUAUCCUGAUGGUACAUUUGGAUGGAGAGAAAUUAAUAUAAAAAAAUAUUUUGCAAGGUCCGCGAUGGAACGAAUAUUUAAUGUCACAGAAAUACCUAAAGAGGGCGUUGUUGAAUAUAUAAAGGAUCAUGUGUUAAGGUAUUGGCAGAAUUUGCUUGACAGCGGUGUAGAAAUUAUCAAUGGCGUUUUGAAUGUUAACGUAAAAAUGAAACUGAAUACGAUGUCAAUCGAAGGCAAUAACGAAGGGAAAUCUGAAGGUGAACGAACUAGCAGAAGAACCAAGGCACCAUUUAAACUGGAAAAAAUCACAGAUUCAAUAAACGAAUGCCCAGCAGUAGCAGAACUUCUCGCUGAGAUUGUCCCAGACUUCAGUGUUCUUCCUCGUGGUAUAAAUGGUAGCCUACGAGCAAUUGGAGGAGGUUUGACGGAGCAUGGAGUUAAAGCAUUUCUUGUUAAAAUUAUGAAUAUGACCAUCCAAGAUUUUGAGGCAACAGUGGAUUUGCACAAUAUUCUGUCAAACAAUAUUCAAGAUGUGAUGACGACGAUGGUGGAAGAAUAUAAGAAAAAGCUGAUCAGCAAAAUUGAUGCUAGAAUUGGUAAAGCAGUUGACAAGAUUUUGACAGAUUUUGACUAUCGUUUCCAGACUUGUAAAGAUUUAAAAAUUAAUGUGAAAACGUUUUUUGACCUCAGUUGGACUCAUAUUUUAGGCGGAAUGGUCCAGAUGAGCUUUGGUUUCAGAGCAUAUGGAUUUGUGGGGCCAGGUGUAUGUGUUGAUAUCAGUGUACUCAAGUUCAAAGCCAAGGCCGAGCUCUUUGUUUCUGGUGGCGCCACAUCUGAAGGCAGUGUAUCAGUUGGAUUGGGUCUAUAUGCAUCAAUGGUGUUGACUGGAGAUAUCCUUACGGUUAGAUUACCCAUUGGCAUUGAAUUUCAGUUUGUACGAUCACCAAGCCGAAGGCUGUUUGUUGACAUUGAACUUAUUCCAUUGAUACUGAAACUGGACACUUUUAUUGAAGCUGGAAUAGGCAGGUUCACGGUAAAGAUUUUCAAAGCAAACCUUUGGGAAUACCAAACAGCAUCUCAAAGAGCGAACAUUUGGGAAAAAGUUACCAUGAAGGAAAAUAAGGAACGACCGGUCAUUGAUCCAGUUUUCGACCGUAAAACGAAAGCAAGUGAUUCCGGUGAAUGUUUUGUCAAACAAGUGCCUGGACUUGACUACACUAACCCAACAUUUGAAUUAAUAUUUAAU